AAUAAGGCACUUUAGUUAGUUUUGUUAUAAAAAAAAACUAAUCAAAUAAUCGACUAAAUUUAAAGCAAGCUAGAAAGAAAUGGAACGUUAAAUAGAAAGAGAGAACAUCUUUCAUCAAUGAUCAAAAAUGGCGUCUCACUGAGUUGUCCUUUUCACACUGCCGCAAACCGACAUUUCUCAAAUUACACACGGAAAACAAAGACUAAUGUUUAUUUACAUCACAGAAUGCCAUCGGUUUUCAUUUAAAACUGUUAAAUACACUAAGUAUCAAUGAGAAUCUCAACUAAGAUCAUACAAUGUCGUUGACUGGGUGCGGCGUUGACAAUAAAGUUUAUUUAAUAGUGUUAUAAAAUUAAAAAUUUAAAAAAAUGGACAAGAAAAGUAAAAAGAAGACUGUUAUAAAACGUAAAAGUGACGAACCUGGCGAGGGCGAGAAGAAGAAGACUAUGGUCAAUCGUAAAAGUGACGAAAAAGAAAAAGUUGAAGUCGUGUCGAAUCAAGUCGUUGAAGUACCCGUUGAGGGUCAACAAAUAGUGCACACUGGCCAGUUAGUCGAAGGGAACUUCGAGCAGCCUGUCUUCGUCAACAUGAAAGGGGAGCCAGUGCAGCUCGGUCCGAACACUGUCAUCCUUUACGAGCAGAGCGGGAACCCCUCGAAUUUUGCCUUUGGCGGUAUGUGGACUAUGGACUCCUCGGGCAGAAUAGUUAUGGCAGAAACGAUAUAUGACGUCAAAGGUGAACCGGAAGAGGAGACCGGUAACUUCGUACAAAACAACACUGAAGUCAGUACUCAACAAGUCACCGAGCAACCGAACACGUUCCAACAGUUUGAGAUUAGCAAUGUAACUAGUAAUAGUAAUGUCGAACAGCAAGAAUACGAAGUGGCGAUCAUUGAGAAUCCAAAUACAGAGACCACGGAAAGAACGACAGAAACACAAGUGAUCACGACCGAGGAACAGCUAAUAGCCGCAGGCACGGGUGCAAUCCGCUGGUUAAAUCAGAAAUAUGAUUUUGUUGUUAGAAAACUCCAAUUGAAUUACGAUGCAGGUGUAAAACUGCUUCAUUCGCAAUCCGGCUGUAUACAGUGCAUAUAUCUGACGACUCCGGGAAUGCAGUUGGCAUUCAACUCAGUGCCGCAGUUCCUUUGCAUAGAAACAGGCAUAGAAUUCAACAGUCCUAUACCGACUACUGGUAAUGGCAACACUGCUUCGGUCAAGAACAAUGUAACACUAUUCUUAGCCGAAGAUGGUAACGGGAAAUCGGUUAUAGUCAGCGCUGGAAUAUCAACAUUGAUUGGUGACGAUCUAACUUGGCUGCUGGAGACGUUUAAAUCUUGUAAUCCUGCCUGGAGACAAGUGAGAUGCGUCGUUUGCGAUCCAACGAAAUGUCAACAGGCGGCCCGGAGCGCGUUUCCAUCCGCCCACGUGACGUGCUCGGUGUGGCAGGCGUCAGCGGCGUUCGCGCGCGCCGCCGCCGCCGCCGACGGGCCGCCUCAGCACGAGCUGGCCGCGCGCUGCAAGACGUACGCGCUGGCGCUGCUACGGGGCGACCACACGCCGGCACAACUACAGGUCCUCAAACGCGGUACUGUCUCCGGUAGCAAUAAUGCUAUCAACGCCCGACUGUGGGACACGUUGUCCAGGCCUUCCGGCGCUCUUUCCAAGCUGGACACGUGGCUGGAAGCCGACAACUACACUAACAUCCUGCACAAGGGCUUAGAACGGCUGACAACGAAACUGAAUGGCCUGAUCCGAAGCGAGAUGCAAACGGACGAGUUCAUACCGAUACUUUUCAGUGUUGCCAAUCAACUAGAAGAGGAUCGAAGGAAUUUCGCUAUCAGCCGGCUAAGGGACACCGAAGCCUUGAAGCAAUCUCCGACGGAUACGAUAACUCAGUACGCUUACAAUCUGAUGAGCCACCAAACGAAGUUGGCUCAAAGUUGUCUGGACGACAGAGCCGGCAGAAGACACAGCAGCGCGGCCAUCUGCAAAUACGGCACGUCGACCCAGGAGUGCUCGUGCCUAUUCAGCAAGGUGUUCCGGCUUCCGUGCAGACACAUCCUCAUGCUCACCACGGAGCUGAAGGUCAAAACUCAUAUACCGUUCGAACCCCGUUGGACCGUACAACACUGCUUGUUUGGAUGUGAAAACAACACGGCCACCACUACGAAUAAUACAGGUUCCUUUAUGGAGCAAGUCGUGGUCGAAGACAACCAACACCGACAGACGAUACAGCAGCAGCCUCAGCAGAUACAUCAGGUGUCCGGGGUGAGGCAGCAGCAGUACGUCCUGGCGACGCCCGGACAGCAGGCCACGCCCGUGUCUCAGGUGAUAUUCUGUGGCGGCGGCGUCGGAGGCGGGCCGGGGGUGUUGACGUCAGUGAUGCCCUCCCCCGGUGCCGUGCUCACCCCCCACCACCCGAUGCCGCACUGACGCUCCUCGAUCUACUACACCGCGAGGGUCGUGCGAGCCGAGACGCGAUGCUCACGGAAAUACUCAAGUAUUCUGAGCAUGCUGACGGAAAUAUGGCCCUCGGGAUUUUGAACGGAACGCGUUGCCGAUUGUGGUUUUUUAGUGCAAGAAUUGUCAGAAUUGUUUUUGCAUAUCGUUGAUAAUGUUCUCAAGUCGAUACCCUCCACAAUGAAGAUUAUGAUGAUUUGAAACAUAGUGAUGUUCUGUAAUCACAUCAAGUGAAGUCAUCGGUUUUACUCCAAAAUUGGACCAGACCUGAGGAAAUGUGGAGCGAAUCAGUCAAUAACGCACAGUCUUAAUAUAUACUCUUAUAAACGUAAUGCUCACCGAAAUACUAAGACGAGAAUCCAUUACGCUCACCGCAGCUGGGCAGUAUUGAAACUGUGUUUGUGCCGAUACGUUACGUACCACGGACUGUGAAAUAUGUGCUGACGGUUAUACCCCUCAAUCUGAAUAUCCGAUGCUGACGUUAAUACGUUUUCAAUUUUAUUUAUAUUAUUACAAAGUUACAAAUAACAUAUGGAGUAUUAGUGUUAGUGUUUUUUUUUUUUGAAUUCUCUUGUACAUAAAUAUGGUGAUAUGUAUUAUUAUUGGCUAAUAAUGUUUAAAGAUACGCUGAUCCGAUCUGGGAUUGGUUUGUGCAUUUUACUUAGUCGUCAGCGUCCCAAAUGAUAAGUUGUAUCUUAAACUGUCUCUGGAGUUGGGUGGUGUAUACCGGCCAAAUUCAGAGUUGGAAAAUACAAGUGAGCUAAGAGAACUUAGCAGGUAAAUUACACUCGCAUAGUAAGUACUUCUUGAUAGUUGAAGAGGUAGAUGAAUCAUAUAUCUAUACUAUACUAACGCGAUCAUUAUUAAACAUGUUAGAUUAUUAUUGUAGAGAUUUGUCGUCAAUCAUCAGUAAAUUAAUUAGAGGUAUCUUUUUUUAUUAUUGUUGCCUUUAAAAUACAUACAUAAUAUAUAAUAUAUUAAAAAUACUAUAUUACUACAACAAAUAUUACAACAUUUUUUUUUAUACGAUACGAUAUAUAAAUUAAUGAAAUUUGUAAAUACUAUAUAAUAUUAUGUUGUAAGUAGACGAAUAGUUAUGUUGUUUUCAUUGGUAAGGCUUUUUAUUUUAUUAUUAUUAAUAAACU